AUGAGUAUAAGCGCGACUCUGAAAGCCCAGACGAGGCAAAAGGGCGUUGACGUUGUCCUCGGCUCAUCAUCGAGCUUGUAUCUCGGCGCUGUGCAGAAUUGCAUUGCCCGGUUCGGUCGGUUAGUCCAGACUGGGGCUGCCAGUGCACACACCGGCCAAGCAUGGAACGAGACAUUCCUGGGGCAAAGCACAACGUACGCGCGCGCGGACGUGGUGGAGGUGGCCGAAUACAACGGCCGCGCCUUUCGGGGUGCGAUGGAGAAGGGUAGGGCCGAACGAGAGGGCUGCAAUCUUCAGAUUCAGAACUGCGAUAUUGCAUCAGAGAAAGGCCUCAUCGUGCUUCUCAAACGUGUGCGCGGAUCCAUGCCGCCCAUCCGCGGAGUUGUGGACGCCGCCAUGGUUCCUGAGGAUUUGGUGUUUGAGCGCAUGACGUACGACCAGUGGAAGCGCGCUGUGCUUCCCAAGGUCGUUGUGUCCCGAAGCACCGCCGCCAUCAUCACCGUCAAGGUUCCAGAGACGACCGGUACCGAUAUCAAACCUCGACCAGAUAUCUUCGUAAGAUCGAGGCCCUCUGGCUUGUCUCUGGGUCCGACGUCCCUCGCGGAUCCUCGUGUGGACGCACUUCGUGGGGCUGAUGAAGUGGCUGGUCUUGCCACAAUUGAACUCGCUGGGUUGCCGGGUCAGCCGUCAGUAUUUCGGGAUGAUAGUGACCCGGAUGCUUUCGUGCUAUUGGGGCGAUUAGCCCUUUACGUCAACGAUUCCCCCGCGAGUCUCAAAUUCGAUCUUCCCACGCUUAUUAGCUACAUCAGUGGCAUGUCUGUGGAGGGGACCUUCUUCUGGAAUGGAGGGGCUCUCGCUGGGAGAGGUGUCAGGUGGUGGAAAAUGCUCAUCCUCUUUGCUCUUUCACGCUUGAUUGAUUGUAUCCCCAGUGAUGAACCGAUCCGGAAAUGGGCCGGCAACCUACUGCGGCUGCCGGCAUUCGUCGACGCUUCUGCUAAGAAUUGCACUUCGACUGGCUUUGGUAACGAGCUGGUCAAGAAAGUCAUUGCCGAAGGCGACCAUGUCGUCGCUACCGCUCGCAACAGCAGCAAGCUGGAGAAGCCAUCCGGCGCUUCAGACUCCAACUACCUGGCCGUAGACCUCGACGUCACAAAGAAGGAAUCCAUCAAUGCCGCCUUCUCGUCUGCGCUCAAGAAGUUCGGAAGAAUUGACGUCGUGGUCAACAAUGCCGGCUACGGCCUCGGAGGCGAGUUCGAGAGUUUGAGCGAGAACCAGAUCAGAACUCAGAUAGAAGUCAACUUCUUCGGCCUGCUAGACGUAACCCGCAAGGCACUCGAGACGAUGCGCGACCAAAAGCCGUCUGGUGGCGUCAUCCAGCAAAUCACCUCCAUCGGUGGUCAGCGCGGCGUGCCUCUCUUCUCCAUCUACUGCGCAUCAAAAUGGGCGGUCGAAGGCUUCACCGAGGCCCUCUCACACGAGGUCAAGUCCGAAUGGGGCAUCAAACUCACCUGCGUCGAGCCCGGCGGUUUCCGAACCGACUGGGCUGGCCGGUCCAUGGCAUUCGGCGAGAAGAAAAACCCGGCUUACGACCACUUGGACGCAGAGAAGACUAUGGGCGAGAAGCACGGCAGCCAAGCCGGUGAUCCGGCCAAAGGUGCUAAGGCCAUGUAUGAGCUCGCGGUCAUGAAGGACCCGCCUAUCAGAUGCGUCAUCGGCACUGAUGCGUAUGCUGCUAUCAACGGCAAGCUUGAUACUUACAGAGAGAACGUCAAGAAGUUUGAGAAGCUGAGCAACAGCACCGACGUUGAUGGAUACAAGCCUCCUUCCUAG